AUGGUUUCAAACACAAACAACGAGCUUUUUCCAGACAAUGCGGAUCCGAAGAGAAAACUACGAGCAUUCAGCAGAGUACAAUCAGUUCCUCCUGCUCCACAACAACCACCUUCACAACCUCAACAAAAGCAAGGAAGGCAGCAACCAAAAAGGAAACAACAAGCAGUAGAUCAACCUCCAAACCAAUCUCAAAAGGAACAGAAAAUAAAAAGAAUCGUUGUGAAAGGUUAUGGAAGUCUGCAAGAGGAAGGAGGUUGUGAGUUAGAAGCAGAGGUUCACAAUCAAGAGGUGGAUAACCAACGCGUGCAGAAGGAAACGAAUGAUAAGCGUGGCCAACAACCAACGAACAGCUUACCAAACAGCUUAAGCUUACCAAAUCCGACCAUGACGAGUCAAGCAAACCUUUCGACGAUCGAAGAGGACCCAAACCUUUUGACAAUCAAAGAGGACCCGCCGCAAUUCGCAGAGAGCGAAAGCUCCUUAGAAUAUCUAGAGCAAGACCAAUUCAGACAAGAUCAACGCGACGAAGAAGAGGAAGAAGAGUCCUGGGUCAGGUUGAAGGAGGCAAAGAAGGAACCCGAGGAAGACCAAAGAGAAAGAGGAAGAUUGCUUACCGGAUUAGUGUCAAGCCCCUCCUUGAACAAAGAACCCAGGGCCACGACUUUUUUCUUCGUGAACGACAUUCGCAACGUCCCUGUAAUCGUGUAA